AUGCUUGGCCAGCUGGUCGGCCAGCUACUCGACAAAUCAACCACGUCCGUUUUUAAAACAACAACAACAACAACAACAACAGCCACCGGUAGCCUCAGAAUCGCUCCAGAUCUCCCAUUUCUAUGCAAGAACGCCAUGAUCACUAUGCCGGGCGUCAAGCUGGGGACCGUCGUGACAGCCGUGGCCGCUGUGAAUAUCGUGGCUACUAUGGCAGCUGGUGACUCUCGUAACUGUCCUGAUAGCCGUGACUGUCGUGUCCAUCAUUAG